ACUACUAAAAGUCCAAUGCUUUAGUUGAGUACUUGAUGGAAACAUGUUUUCUUUUUUGAAAUGGAUUGGUUCGGGAACUGGUGGUUACGAACGUUGGAUGACAAAUUUACAGCUGCUUGACUAACAUUGGCCAACACUAAAUAUAGGUCUGUCGUAAAGAGUGUAUCUUUCUUCGCACUGGGUGUUCACAUUGCAAGACAGUGCGUAGGGUUGGAAGUUAUGGGACCACCCCAGUAGUACCUGACAGCAAGAGAUGGCGGUUCUUCAAUGCUGUUACUUGCAUUUUUUCUAUAUUUUGUUUCUUUUAUGUUCUGUAUAUGCAAAACGCAAAAAUGUUGUCUUGUUUCUUACUGAUGAUCAAGAUAACUUUAACUAUAUUCCCAUGUCAAAGACAAUGCGGCUUGUCGCAAAUAAAGGCACUACAUUAAAUAAUGCGUUUGUGAACACUCCAUUAUGUUGCCCUAGCCGUUCCACUUUACUGACUGGCCUAUAUCAGCACAAUACGAGGGUUUUAAAUAAUUCUAUAGAAGGCAAUUGCAACUCAGUCGAAUGGCAACACAAGCAUGAACCUAAUGCAUUUGUUGAGAGUUUUUAUGGUGCAGGGUAUAGAACAUUUUAUGCAGGCAAAUACCUUAACCAGUAUGGAUCUCACAAAGCUGGAGGUCUAGAACACGUGCCUAAAGGUUGGCAGUGGUGGGCCGGUCUCAAAGGAAAUUCACGAUACUACAACUAUACAUUGUCAGUCAAUGGCUCUGCCAAACACUUUCCAACUUCUUAUUUAACAGAUCACAUUCAUGAACUUUCCUUGGAGUUUCUCAAAAGUCAGUCUGCUCACACCCCUCCCUUCUUCAUGAUGGUAGCUCCUCCUGCACCUCACGCACCAUAUACCCCCUCUCCUAAGUAUGCCAAGGCUUUCUCCAAUGUUUCUGUUCCAAGAACUCCAAAUUUCAAUCCAUCUGUGCAAAAGGAUAAGCAUUGGAUGUUGCGCUUGCCUCCGAAUCCUCUGCCCUCUGAUGUUCUCCUCAAAAUUGAUGAAAAUUAUCGCCUUCGAUGGCGUACCUUGAUGUCUGUCGAUGAUAUGAUUUCCAGUGUAAUUCGAGCUAUAGAUCAAAUAGGACUGCUGGAAGAAACUUACAUUCUUGUGACAUCAGACAACGGCUAUCAUUUAGGUCACUAUGGCCUCCCUUGGGACAAGCGACAGCCAUACGACACUGAUGUCCGCGUGCCUUUCUUCAUCCGGGGGCCUGGCGUGAAACGCCAAGCGCUUCCACAUCCUGUGAUGACCGCUGAUAUAGCCCCCACCCUGUUGGAUAUGGCAGGCCUCCACAUUCCUCUUCACAUGGAUGGCAGAUCAUUCCUUGCAGCAUUGCAAUCAAAGAGGAAGAGAUUUAAGAAGAGGGCCUUUCUGAUUGAAAAUAUGGGUGAAGGAGGCAAAUCAGUAUCUCCUGAGUGUCCGUGGCAUGGUGAUUUGGGUCUUUCUAAUUGUGGUCCUGAAUCUGCCUGCAAGUGUCAAGAUGCAAGGAAUAACACCUAUGCCUGUGUUCGGUCUAUUGGUCCAAAUGAAAAUUCUCUUUUCUGUAAAUUCAAUGAUGAAGAGAAUUUCCUGGAGGCAUAUGAUAUGGUAUCUGAUCCAUAUCAAAUGAAAAACAUAGCACAACUCAUGAAGAAAACCGACAUCCAAAGAUAUUUGCUAAAGUUGAAAAGUCUUCAAAGUUGCUCUGGAAAUUUAUGCAUUCAAUUAUAAUGUAGCUUAUAAUGAAGUCCAAGUCCUUUAGUCUUAGGUGCCUUUUUUUUUGUCAUGACCUGUUAAGAGCAAGAAAACAUUGAACUAGCAUAGGAUGUGUAAUAAAAUUAGUUUCUUAUCAAAUAUUUA